GCCCCCCACCUCUGGAGGCAGGAUUUCAAUUACAUGGCUGAGUGGUGUCUUUCUAACCCAACAAAAGCCACAUCCGGCUGGUUGGGAUGGAAACACAGUCGGGGAGUGAGAUAAAGCCGAGAGACACACAUGCACACACACACACUCACAAAGCGUGAACAUUCACACAACACACAGAGGUGGUAAGGAGGUUUGUGCUUCACCCUUGGGGAUCAUGCCCACUCAUGGGUGUUUGCCUGGUCUCCAACCCUGUCACACUGAGAUUAUCAGUCAGUCGGUAGCAGGAGGUUGACUGCAGAUGGUAAGUAAGAGACUUGCUCAAAUGAGGAUACUAUCCGGUAUCUUUGCAUUAUUUGGCAUAAGGGUAAAAUGUUGGUAGCUUGUUGUAACUUGUAGCAAUAAACAUAAUCUAGGGUUUCAUUAUGCUGCUUUAACGAUAAGGAAAAUGUACUGUUGCAUGCAGCUGCAGAAACAAACUGUGCAAGCAGAGUGAGUGUGAUGUGAAUAUAAAAGGGGGUCUGGCUGGCCGCUGUAAUGGAAUCACUUUGUUUAAGGAAAAAACAGGGAUAUUGGUGCCAGACAACUGUCCAAACCUGCUUUACGCCUCUAAGGAACAUUGUCUAUUUUUCUUCAACCUUCCUUCAAAGAUUCAAGGUUUAAUGAGCUUAAUAUAGAGCUAAAGAUGUUUUUAUUCAUGUAUUUAAAAUGAUGAAUAAAAGGGUUUUUCUUUUGAACAAUAUACUGCUAUAAAUAGCGACACUAUUUUUCCCUCCAAACUUUACUGAACUUUCACUGUACUUUAACUUGACACAUACAGACUUUGUUUUGAUUGUAACUGCGACAUGGAGUGAACAAUGCAUCACAUUUAAUGGGGAACUAUUAUUUAUAUUUUUCUAACUAAGCGUGUUGACAGUAGAAUUUUAGCAUUACCUUCAACCCUAAUUUACAUCAAUAACCAGAAUAUUUAAUGUUUACAUCCUGAUGAAUUACUUGUGAUGCAAUACUGUAUUUUUUGUUCAGUUUCAACUGGCUUAUUUCACUAUUAGCCAACCAAAGUUCCAUUCGGGCCAACGCUUUCUGCCUGUUUUGUUCUGCUCUUUUGAGCAGGGGGGCCUGAGCCAGAGGCCUGCUCUUUACGUGUUGUUUUACAAGGACAAAAACGGUCAAUUUACAACACAUGUUUCUAUAACAGAACCAGAUAACAACAUAACCAUGCCCAUGGUAGUCAUAGCUAAGCUCUGCAUAUAUUUCCAGUUCUACACCAUGUCAGUAGUGACCAAUCAGCCUCUUCCCUUUGGACAACUGGAGCGAGAAAAGCACAUCCAGAUGGUCUUCACAGCCUUCCACAAAAGCUGUGUGGCUUCAUGUGAGUGCCGCCGCGCUAACUCACUCGGACCAGAACACCAGCAGAAGGCUCCGCGCUGUGAAUCUGAUGAGCAACUGCUGGGUCUGGCUCCUGAGAGGAGGGUGGAGAACGUGUGUACAGUGAGCCAGCCAGGAGUGGAGGUGCAGGGAUCACACUUUAUGUCUGCGCUGGAAACAGUCAGUCAAAUGCAUGUCACUGCCAGACCGGAGCUGCAAGGUCCACAGUGUGUUCCUAAGAAGAUCUACAGCAUCACUGCAGGAAGCAGCAGAUCACCGUUAUUCGUGGCUGUGGAAGAGAGUUCCUGUGUUUGUCUGCAGUGUUGCGGUCCAGCUCGGGCCUCUUCCUUGCAGGGUUUUGACGGUCAGGGUCGACAAGUGUUUCACUUUGAAAGACCCCUCAGGGUGGACGCCUGCUGCCUCGGCUGCUGCCUGAUGGAGAUGAGGGCCUACACACCUCAAAAACGUCUCUUUGGCACUGUAUGUCAGAGGUGGAGCAUGUUCACCCCCCUCCUGGAGGUAUGUGGGUCAGAAGAGGCCUCCGCCAGAGUCAGAGUGCAGGGCUCCUGCUGCCCACAACGGUGCCUCUCCAACCAGCAGUUCCAGAUUGUCUCCAACAUGGGUGAGAAACUGGGCACAAUAUGGAAAAAAUGGCCCGGCUUCAACGUCGAACGCAACAUGGAUCAUGAACAUUUUGGGUUGGAGGUGCCACUGAAUAUGGAAUCUCAUACUAAACUGCUGCUGCUGGCAGCCACCUUCUUGUUGAAUUAUAUGUUCUUUGAAAUGAGCUGAUCAAUCAACGGUAAAACACCCUUGAAAGUGGUCCACAAAGUGAGGCGCGUCAGUACAGCAAAACACUGCACCAUUGAAUUGAAUUGUAUUUUUAAAGACAUUUCAAAACCUCAGUUUAUGAAAUAAAAUGACAUGAAUCCAGCUUUAGCAGCAGAUGCAUAUUUGACAUUUAUUGCUAUAAUCUAUCAGGUGACACACACCCGCACCCAUCAUGGCACCACCAAACACAGGCAGCAUUUCAGUUUUUCAACAAACAAUAGGCGCUUUCUUGACAUGAAUCAAAAAUAAUGCCCCCAUGGAAUUGAUAGAAACGGUAAAGGACGCUGGCCGGGAGCCCAAUUUCAUUUGUUUCAUUACAAAAUGGAAAAGGAGUGACGGCCCGCUUUGCAGGACUCCUAUGCACAUUUGUUUGAGGACAUUUAAAGCAGAGCCCAUCCCUUGCAUUCUUUCAAGGCGGGAUGAAGACGACACGGACAGAAGGGGAAACUGGUUCGGGUCGGGCUGGAGGCCAGGCACAGUGAUUUAGGCAGCUCGGCAGUCCAUUCUUAAGAUGCCAGUUAUACAACCUUCUGCCCAACACAGGAUGGUCCUCAUCCUUUGGGAUUCAACUUCCAAAGUCAACGAUGGAGAAUCAUUGCUGAUUAAGUAAAGUGAUCUUUAAAGUGGACUGUAUGUACAAAUAUAUCGUACACAGUAAUAGUCAUCGUUCUAGUUCAAAAUGACCAGAGAAAUUGUAGUUAAAAUACAGCAUUGUAAUAAAAUAAAAUCUUCCUGCAACCCUGUCUGAGGAACAUUAACACAGCCUUUUGAAACCGCAGGAGGUGUGAUGUUAUGCUAAGCAAUAAAAUCUCAUCAAUACUACAA